GGGGAGUGUGAAUUUUAAGGGGCAGUUAUGGUGAGGAAACAUGGAUGGCAACUACCUGCUCACACCUUUCAGAUUGUGGAAGGACUAAAAUGAUGUUGGACCCACAAACGGUUCCCAAACUCAUCUCACUUAUUGCAGCUCCUUUAAACCUGCAAAGAGGUCUCUCUCCAUAUGUCACCUUGAUGAAAGGGGCCAUCUCUGAUUUAGGCAUACUUCGAUUUAAUGGAUUAGGAAACUUGAGGGGAGGAAGCUUUAUCCUACACCUGGAGCAUGAUUGUUGGGGUAUCUCCAUUUUGGAGAGUUGGAUCUAUCUUGAGGUUCUUUAGAAGGUUUCCUUGCCUUCCUACGGUAGCUUAUUGUGAACAUUACCUCUGAGCCUAAUCUGGAAGGAUGAAAAUGAGGUUCAAUCCAUGUUUGAUUCUCAAACUAGUCCCACUUUCUUCCAGUUUCUUUCAACUUGGACCACGUUUUCCUCAAAGGAGUCUUGUGCACUUCAAUAGUUUUAUCCAAGCACCCUGAUGGCAGGGGAAGAAGAAGACAAACCAAGGCACAUGCUAAGUACGCCAAGGGUCAGUAUUCAAGAGGUCUAGAGGUCGAUAUGUAUCUCAGUUUUAAAAUAGGUGACUGUUUGAGGGAGGCUUCAUGAGCAUAUAAGAUUCAUCCUUUGGGGCUAGUCAGCUAUUUGUCUUAUCUUGAUCCAUGGGUUCAAAUGGUUGUCGCAAUUACUGUGUUCUGCUUGUUAGUGGUUGCAUUUUAUGCUUUCUUCGCUCCUUUCCUUGGAGGGCGCAUCUGGGAAUAUGCUUUGGUUGCAACUUACUCGCUAGUGGCACUCCUUGUUUUUAUUCUUUAUGUUCGGUGUACUGCAAUUAACCCUUCUGAUCCUGGCAUCAUGUCCAAAUUUAAUGGUGGAACUAACAAAUUUGAUAUAGACCAUGGGUUAUCAGUGAAGGAUUUACCCAGAAAAUCUGAUGAAUUUGGCAGUGGGCUGCAUUCAUGCCCAUCAACAGUUUCAAGAAGUUCCAUAGGAGCACCAAACUCAAGCAAGAAAGGUUCGGUGGGAGAUAAUGGAGCGCUAAAUGCUCCAGCACAAUCUGCAACCAGGAAAUCUUGUUUUAUUGGAGGAAUCUUUUGUGCCUUAUUUGUUCAUGAAGAUUGUCGCAAGCAGGAAGGGGCCGCUGAGCAAGGCAGUGAAGAUGCUUUGUUCUGCACAUUGUGCAAUGCUGAGGUGCGCAAGUUUAGUAAACAUUGUAGAAGUUGUGAUAAAUGUGUAGAUGGUUUUGAUCAUCACUGCCGGUGGCUAAACAAUUGUGUAGGACACAAAAAUUAUGUCACAUUCACCUCUCUCAUGGCCAUCACUUUUGUUUGGCUAGUUAUGGAAGCUGGUGUUGGUAUUGCUGUCCUAGUUCGUUGCUUUGUUAACAAGGAGGGCAUGGAAACUGAGAUUAUUGAUAGGCUUGGAAAUGGUUUUUCUCGCGCUCCAUUUGCAACAGUUGUGGCUGUAUGUACUGCAGUUUCUAUCCUGGCUUGCAUACCUCUGGGUGAACUUUUCUUCUUCCACAUGAUACUUAUCAGAAAGGGUAUUACAACCUAUGAGUAUGUUGUGGCAAUGAGAGCAAUGAGUGAAGCACCUGCUGGAGCAUCAGUGGAUGAGGAACUGCUGAAUGUGAUGUAUUCUCCAACUGGAUCAGCUACAACUGGCAUGAGUGGUGGAAGUUCUCUUGGCCUGCAGUACAAAGGGGCAUGGUGUACUCCUCCUAGAGUUUUUGUGGAUUAUCAGGAUGAAGUUGUGCCUCAUUUGGAGCCUGGAAUGGUCCCAUCUACUGUCGACCCAGAUGCAGCUGGUUUUGCAGACAGAGGGAACAAGGGACCCAAAAGAGCUGUUCGUAUUAGUGCGUGGAAGCUUGCAAAGUUAGAUUCUAAUGAUGCCAUGAGAGCAGCGGCCAGAGCAAGAGCAUCUUCCUCUGUUCUACAGCCUGUUGAGAACCGUCAUUUACCAGAUCCUGAACUUAGUUCCAGUGGCAACAUGAGCUUUAGAAGUAGUGUUAGGACAGAUGCAGGUGCAAGUAAAGAGAUAAAAAAAGACCAGAGGUUAUCACCCGUAGGAAACUCUUUUGCUCCAAGUCAAGGUAGCCAUGAUGAGUAUGAAACAGGAACUCAAAGUGUAAGUAGCUUCAGCAGUCCAAGCCACAUUCAUGAGUCAGUCACACUUAGCCCACUACCUCAAAUUCAAGGUGCUCGUUUUAAUACAGCUGCCUCAGUUCCUGGCAUUCCUGAUCGUACCUUUAUGUCUAAGACAUCUUUUCCUGCUAUCAGCAAUCCCAUCACACUUGCCCCACCAGGAUCUGAUGAAAAGGUAAUGCAUAAGGGUGGCACCAGUGAUCCAUUGUUGCUUUCAGCUCCUGCUUCUUCCCUUCUUAGAGAUGUCAAAAGGACAUCUGUUGUCUGGGAUCAAGAAGCUGGGAGAUAUGUAUCAAUCCCCGUUUCUGCAACAGAAGCUCGGAAUAGAUCAUCCAUGCAAAUAGGUUUGCCAAAUUCUAGUGGAGAAUCUAGCACACAGUGUAGAAGGGUGGUUUUUCCCCCGCAGGAGUUUUCUUUGGCAGCAAAGGCUCCAGUGCAACAGGCGGAGAAGCUAUUGUAUACAGGAGACUCUAUUUUCUUUGGUGGCCCACUUUUGAGUGUUCCAGUUAGAGAUAGUUCGAGAAAUGACAGGGGUUUGGGUUCAAGUGAGGUUCAAGAAAGAGUGGGUCUGAACUUGCCUCGAGAGUCUAGAUUCAAAAGGGAUUCUGUCUCAAACCAACUUCCCGUGUUUGUCCCUGGAGGUUUUGAAAACAUCUCUGCACCUUCUGGUUCAAGGGUAACGGAAAUUGAAGAAACCUUUCGAUGAGCUCCUGGGCAUUGGAACUAGGCAAUUUUGGGCUGAUGCAAACUUGAUUAUUUUGCAUGGGUUUAAGUGGUCUCUUCUCAAAUGAAAUUAUAUGAUUUAAACACUUCGGCUUGUGGUGAAAUUUGUAAAGUGAGGUGAUGUCAAGAGGUGAGUGUCUCUCUCUCUCUCUCUCUCUGUUGAAACUAGGUAAAAGCUUUUCUAAAUUCCAGUUACAUUUUAGCUUUUUUUUUUUUUUCACCAAGCUUUAUUGAUGCCUCAUAAUUUAUUUGCCAAACUUUAAUUUACUCGGUUUAUGUUGCCUACAAGGAGUUGUUAGUUUGUAUACUAAGUUGAGCACCUUGGUUUAGGGUACUACAAUUUGAUUCUGAGUAUGCCAAGCACAAUAUAAUUAAUUACUGAAAUCUAGUUGGUUCCAACCCUUCCUCUGGAGAGCACUUUAGAUGUAAAGGGUUGUUAUUCUUUGCUUCAAAUAAAGUAGUCAGAAGGAAAAGAAAUCUCAAUAAUUGAUUCUUCUUAUUCGUUAAAAGAAUCAAACCCAGAUUAAGUCAUUGAACUUCAUAAGACAUGAGUUUCAUAUGUAUUGCUCCUAAACAAGGAGUUGAGGACCAAUGGGAGGAUUUAGGCUUUCGUGAUUUCCAUGUAAAAAUUCAUCCUGAAUAUUAUGGGACAGCUGUCAUAGCCAUUGAUCAGAGUCUUUUUCAUGCUUAGCAGCGGCGGUCAUGGUUUUGUGGCACGGAAACUAGACUCAUUCAGUGCCAAAUGUUUUUUCCUCUUCACUUUAUCAAAAUAAAUCAGAGAAACGUUGAUGAGUGUUUCAGCUGUUGACUAAGGCCUCGUUUGGAUUGGCAAUUGGCUCAGGUGAGGGGCGGUGGAGUCAUUCGCACUUUAAUUUAUGGUGUUCGGCAAAAUGGUAGAACAAUUUCAACUGCACCACGCAACCAGUUGA